AUGAACCUCGUGGGCAGCUACGCACACCAUCACCACCACCACCACCACCACCACCACCCGCACCCCGCGCAUCCCAUGCUCCACGAACCCUUUCUCUUCGGCCCGGCCUCGCGCUGUCACCAGGAGCGGCCCUAUUUCCAGAGCUGGCUGCUGAGCCCUGCAGACGCUGCCCCGGACUUCCCCGCCGGGGGGCCACCGCCCACAGCCGCGGUUACCGCCGCCGCCUACGGUCCGGACGCCAGGCCAGGCCAGAGUCCCGGGCGGCUGGAGGCGAUCGGCGGCCGCCUAGGCCGACGAAAAAGCUCAGGACCCAAGAAGGAGCGGAGACGCACAGAAAGCAUCAACAGCGCUUUCGCGGAGCUACGCGAGUGCAUCCCCAACGUGCCGGCGGACACCAAGCUGUCCAAAAUCAAGACUCUGCGCCUGGCUACCAGCUACAUCGCCUAUCUGAUGGACGUGCUGGCCAAAGACGCACAAGCCGGCGACCCCGAGGCCUUCAAGGCCGAACUCAAGAAGGCCGAUGGCGGCCGUGAAAGCAAGCGGAAAAGGGAGCUGCAGCAGCACGAAGGUUUUCCUCCUGUCCUGGGCCCAGGCGAGAAGAGGAUUAAAGGGCGCACCGGCUGGCCGCAGCAAGUCUGGGCUCUGGAGUUAAACCAGUGA